UUCCAAACGCAUCAAAACUCGGAAGGCCGCAUUAAUUAAAUAAGAAAAAGAGAAAAAAGAAAUUUUUGAUAAAACAAAAUGUAAAGCAACUUAUGAAAAAGGAGUUUAAAAUCAACAAAUAUUCAAUUGGUUCAAUGUGCACAAAAUCAGUCCCAAUUUGUUCAUAAAAUCAAAGUUAAUUAAAAAAAUUAAAAAAGAAAAAAAAAAGAAAAAUGUGCACUUGUUUAUUAACUUACUUAUUAGUAAGUUAUUGUUUAUCACAAAUACAAGCCCUGCCGGAUAUAAUAAAAAUCGGUGGUUUGUUUCAUCCCGCCGAUGACAAUCAGGAGUUGGCAUUUCGCCAAGCUGUUGAACGUAUCAACGAGGACCGAAUGAUUUUGCCGCGUUCAAAAUUGGUAGCGCAGAUUGAACGAAUUUCACCGUUUGACAGCUUUCACGCCGGCAAAAGAGUUUGUGGCCUAUUAAAUGUUGGUGUUGCUGCCAUUUUUGGGCCACAAUCAUCACAUACAGCUAGUCACGUGCAAAGUAUAUGCGAUAAUAUGGAGAUUCCACAUUUAGAAAAUCGUUGGGAGUAUCGAUUAAGGAGAGAAAGCUGCUUAGUGAAUUUAUAUCCCCACCCAAACAUUCUAUCAAAGGCUUACGUGGAUAUAGUAAAAUAUUGGGGCUGGAGGACAUUUACAAUAAUUUAUGAAAGCAACGAUGGUAUAGUUCGUUUGCAAGAGCUGCUCAAAGCUCAUGGUCAAACGCCUUAUCCAAUUACUGUCAGGCAAUUAACCGAUACGGGAGAUUACAGGUAA